GACACUCUGACUCUUCCAAAUUCAAUUUGCUUCCACAGAACAAUAGAUUUUCAAAAUCACAGAUCCAAAUCGCUUCUUCAAUGGCGUCCAAAACAGCGGCUGCUAAAGAUAUCAUCACUUUACACGGAUCUGCUGCCAUCGUCAGCGAAUUCUUCUGUUACGCAGCGAACAGUAUUUUGUAUAAUCGUGCAGUUUAUCCAGAGGAAAGUUUUGUGAAAGUGAAGAAAUAUGGACUUCCGAUGUUGCUUAUUGAAGAUGACUCCGUCAAAUCUUUCAUGUCUAAUCUCACUUCUCAGAUCUCCGAAUGGCUUGAAGCUGGGAAGUUGCAGAGAGUAGUGUUAGUUAUAAUGAGCAAAGCUACUGGUGAAGUUUUGGAGAGGUGGAAUUUUCGGAUUGAGACUGAUAAUGAAGUUGUUGACAAAGGUGUGUCGAGAGAGAAAAGUGAUAAGGAGAUCAUGAGGGAGAUUCAAGCUAUCAUGAGACAGGUUGCUUCAAGCGUUACUUACUUGCCUUGUCUUGAUGAAACAUGUGUGUUUGAUGUAUUGGCGUAUACGGAUACUGAUGUGGCUGUUCCAUUCACUUGGAUUGAAAGCGACCCGAAAUUGAUUGCCAAUCCACAGAUGGUUAAGUUACACGGGUUUGAUACCAAGAUUCACAAAGUCGACACGCUCGUCUCAUACAAGAACGACGAGUGGGAUGAAGAAGAGUAACAGAAGUCGGGACUCGUAUGCAAUGCUCUUUGUUCCGCUUUCGUUCAUGUCUUUGGGAGUUCUUAAUGUUCUAAAGGCACGUGAAUCCUUUAUUCACACACCUAUGUUUUUUUCUUUCUGAAUUGUAUGAGAAUUCUGUACCUGUGUUGUGUUGUGUUUCGUUCAAAAGUUAUCAGCUUUUCCAAUGUCUCUGUCCCUUGCAUUUCUAAACAGCCAAUCAAAUUUCUCUGAUUCA